UUUCCUGUUGUGGAUUUGGAUGAGGACCGAAUAUUCCUAGUCAAGAAUAUGAAUUGAAAUAGAUAGUUUAGUGUCAAUGAAUUAACCGGUUGCAGUUUUUCUCUUAUCUGGCACCAAAACGGGUAUGGAAGGGCGUGGCGCGUAAGUAAAGUAAUGGGGGCAUUAAGAUGUCAGGUGUCCAGUAGAGACACGCACCUGAGUAUCUGAUAGCAUGACGCGUCUGUGGCGAGUCACUUGACAACUGCGGAUCGAACGGAAAACUAUAUUCAGCGCCCAUCAUGACCAGCUCGCUGUUAUGGUCAGUGGACGUGUACGGGAAGGUGUACAGCCUGUCUACCGCCAGUGGGCGCUGGGAACGCACCGAGGACUCUCUGCUUGAGCUUAAGCGUGUCGCCGCUGGAAAGAGGUGCAGCUGGGGAAUUGGCUGUGACCAUCACGUUUACCUCAACAUUAACCCGGGUGUCGAGCCGAUCCGAUAUCGGGAAGAGACCUAUGAAAACCAGAGGUGGAACCCUGUGGAUGGCUUCACAGACGUCCUGUUGCCCACUGACCGCUGGCCGUGGAGUGACGUGACAGGAAUGAUGUCCCUGCCCCUACACAGCUUCCUGCUGCCUUCGCUCAGCUGGGAGUGGGAGGGGGACUGGUACGUGGACCAGAGCUGUGGAGGAGACCCAGCUGAGACAGGGGGCUGGGAAUACGCAGUGGACUUCCCUGCAAAUUUCUCCCACGAGAAGAAGUGGAACUCCUGUGUUCGUCGCAGGCGGUGGUUUCGCUACAGGAGAUACAAAGCCCGAGGAGAAUGGGCCAAGAUCCCCCUGGACCACCCGAAGAGACCCCCACUGCCCCUCAGCGACAUCAGCUGCGGAGGCUGGGAGAUGAGCGACCAGCCCGGGAGGCAGCACUUCCUGUGGGGCGUGUCCCAACAAGGACAGGUGUGGUUCAGGGAGGGUAUCCAGCCACUGGUCCCAGAGGGCUCGUGCUGGGAGGAGGUGGAGGUUCCCAGGGAGUUGUCCCAGCUGUCUGCCGGCCCCGGGGACCUGCUGUGGGCGCUGCUCUGGGACGGACAGCUGCUGGUCAGGACAGGCAUCACCCUGGACAGCCCCACAGGCACCUCAUGGGUGGUGGUGGACGCACCAGGCAAAGAAGGCACUGCCAUUCAUGUUGCGGUGGGGGUUGGCGUGGUCUGGGUGGUCACCAAGGACUACAAGGUGUGGUUCAGGAGAGGUGUGAACUCCCACAACCCCUGUGGCUCAGGCUGGAUCAGCGUCGGAGGGGAGAUGAUGAUGGUGGAUGUAGGGCUUAACGAUCAGGUGUGGGGUGUUAGCGAGGACCGUGGGCUCUACUUCAGGAUGGGUGUUACCCCCUCUGAACCCAGUGGUAGGGGCUGGAUCCCUAUCUUGGCCCAAUGGGGCAGCAGCAGGGAAGUGGCCCCGCCCAGUGAUGGCCCUGAGUUCGGAGGUCAGGUGACCGAGGCGUCCCAGGGCUCCGUGCUGGGCUGCGAAGCCUCAGACUUGGACACCUUCCCCACUGACGUUUCAUCCUCCCCCUCCUCCGCCACAAUCACCGGAUUAGGGGACACCCCCAAGCCCCGUAUCCCCAAAGUCACCAGCGAUAGCUUCAUCUCCAGUCUGGUCUCUGACCGCGAGAGAACCCCCGCACCCCAUACAUCCUCUCCUGAGGAUGCCCCAGUGAAUCACCAGGAGGCUGCCCCAGUCCCAAGCCCCGCUUCCCCAGGUGCUGCUGGGCCUGAGGUCCCUUGGAGCAACGUGGACCUAGAGGGUGCUGAGGGAGCCCAGGGAGCCCAGGUGGAGGGUCCAUCCCUGGCUACAGCUGGGGCCACAGGGCCCCCUUCCUCAGUGGCUACCUACCCACUGGGCCUGGAGCCCACUAAGGGUGUUGGGGAAGAGGAAGGCCCAGUGUGGGCUUGGAUCACAGGAGGGGGCUGUGAUGUGGACUCCAGCUCCCAGAUCAGCUGGCUCAGUCCUACAGGUCCUCUCACCAGCUCCCUGUCCCUGACCCCGGUCCAGUCAGCAACCUGGAGAGAGCAGGAGCAGCACAGAGACCACAGCAGUAAGAGGCCCCUGGAGAGGAGCGCGUCUGUGUGGAUGAGGAAGGGCAGCAUGCGCUGGUGGAGGGACUGGAAGCCCCAGCGCUGGGUGGAUGUGGGCGUGGCCCUGGAACAGUCCACCAAUAGCAACGGGUGGAGAGACAGCAUCUUCUUCAUCUACUACACCCAAUAUGACGAAAAGAAGUACCUCCAUGUGUUUGUGAGCGAGGUGACAGCUCUGGUCCCGGUCCUGCGGGAUUCCCAGCAUGCCUUUGCUGUGUACACAGCCCAGAGGACCAAACAGAGGUGGCCUCUCAUCCUGGCAGCCCCCACGGAGAAGGAUAUGAACGACUGGGUGUCUCUGUUGGUAGAGUGCUGCUGUGAGGCCAGAGGGAUCAGGGGACCCCUGUCCAGACAGGCCUUGUGGUCUGUCACCUCUAAAGGGGACGUGAUGGUCCACGAGCCCUCGCCCUGCCUGGAGGCCCCCGUACACACGCUUGCCUGCGACCUCAUGUUCUGGCGGCAGGUUCCGGGCCACCUUCGCUGUGUAGAAUGUAACAGUUUGGGGGUGGUGUGGGGCGUCGGGUGCGACGGCACCGCCUGGGUCUACUCCGGGCGCUGUGGAGAGUCUGGAGACCAGCCCUCUCAGGGAACUACAGACAGCGUUCAGACCCAGACAGAUGUGCGGAGUGUGUACGUCUAUGAGAACCAGAGAUGGAACCCCAUGACUGGAUACACAGACAAAGGUCUCCCUACAGACCGGCCCAUGUGGAGUGAUGAGAGUGGGCUGAAGGAGUGCACCAAGACAAACACACACCCUCCCUCUCUUCAGUGGACCUGGGUGACAGAGUGGACCAUCGACAACGGCGUCCCUGGGGGGACAGAUAAAGAGGGGUGGCAGUAUGCAGCAGACUUUCCUGUGACUUUCCACGGCCACAAGACAAUGAAAGACUUUGUGAGGCGCAGGCGCUGGGCGAGGAAGUGUCAGAUCAGGGUGAUUGGGCCGUGGCAGCAGAUCCCGCCCAUCCCCCUGAGUGACAUCACAAUCUUACCAUGUUUAGCCCAGAGCUGCAUAGAACAGGUCCCUGUGUGGGCCCUGAGUGACAAGGGGGAUGUCCUCUGUCGCCUUGGGGUCACCCCUUUAAAGCCCCAGGGCACUUCCUGGCUACACAUCGGGACAGACCAGCCCUUCAAGUCCAUUUCCAUCGGCGGUGCCAACCAGGUUUGGGCCAUCGCCAGGGACGGAGCCGUCUUCUACAGGGGCUCCGUGUCUGCCCAGAACCCUGCAGGAGAGUGUUGGUAUCACAUCCCCUCCCCUGCAAAGCAGGCCCUGAAACAGCUGUCUGUGGGGCGGACCUCCGUCUACGCUGUGGAUGAAAAUGGUAACCUCUGGUACAGACAAGGCCUGACCCCCAGCUAUCCCCAGGGCUCAGCCUGGGAGCUCAUCUCCAACAAUGUCACCAAGGUCUCUGUGGGACCCCUGGACCAGGUGUGGAUCAUAGCAGACAGGGCCCCCGGCUUCCCCUCUGAGCCACCCAGCACCGUAUGUCACCGGCUGGGGGUGGGGCCCAUGCAGCCCAAGGGCCAAUCCUGGGACUACGGCAUAGGGGGAGGAUGGGAGCACAUCAGUGUGCGAGGGAAUGCGUCCGAAGGACCGCGUGCACCUCCACCCCAGGCAGCAUUCCCUGCCAGUCCCCACACCCCUCGCGCCCCUCUUCCUGCCAGUCCCCAUACCCCUUGCGCCCCUCUUCCUGCCAGCCCCCACACCCCUCGUGCCCCUCUUCCUGCCACUCCCCAUACCCCUCGCGCCCCUCUUCCUGCCAGCCCCCACAUCCCAUCAAACCCCCUCCCUAGGCCAGAAAGUCAGGUCAAUGGGACUGCUAUGAGCCUGUAGAGGCCAGCAUC